AUGUCUCAAUUAGAUAGAGAAGAACCAAACUAUUUUGGUGCUGGUCCUGCGCAACUACCAACCAAUGUCUUGCAACAAGCUGCAAUGGAUCUUAUCAAUUAUAAUGAUGUAGGUUUAGGUAUUGGUGAAAUUUCUCAUCGUUCAAAGGACGCUACCGAAGUCAUUAACUCUUCAAAAGAAGAUUUGCGUAAAUUGCUAGCCGUUCCAGAGACUCAUGAAGUCUUCUACAUGCAAGGUGGUGGUACAACUGGGUUCUCUUCAUUGGCUACUAAUCUAAUGACUGCUUACGUCGGUGCUACUGGAACUACUGCACCAGGUGGGUAUUUAGUCACUGGUUCUUGGUCUCAAAAAGCAGAAGAAGAAGCUGCUAGAUUAAGAUUAUCUACUGAGAUCAUCUUUGACUCAAGAAAAUUCGAUGCUAAUGGUAAAUACGGUAAUAUUCCAGAAGAAUCUCAAUGGAGUGAUAAGAUUAAAGGUAAGAAAUAUUCAUACGUUUAUUUGUGUGAGAAUGAAACUGUACAUGGUGUCGAAUUCCCAAGUUUACCAAAAUGUCUUCAAGAUCGUGAUGAUAUUGAAAUCGUUGCAGAUUUAUCCAGUGAUAUCUUAUCAAGAAAAGUAGAUAUCUCGAAAUAUGGUGUCAUUAUGGCUGGUGCUCAAAAGAAUAUUGGUUUAGCUGGGUUAACUUUAUAUAUCAUUAAGAAAUCCAUUUUAGAGAACAUUUCUAAAGCAGAGACUAAUGAUGCGCUUUUGGCUAAAUUGAAUGUUCCUGUAACACCAAUUGCUUUCGAUUACCCAAUCGUAGUUAAGAAUAACUCAGCUUAUAACACUAUUCCAAUCUUCACUUUACGUAUUAUGGAUUUAGUGUUCCAAAACUUGUUGAAACAUGGUGGUGUCGAACAUCAACAAAAAGAAAACGAACGUAAGGCAAAUAUACUAUAUACUGCAUUGGAUGCUUGUCCUGAUUUUUACAACUUGCCUGUGGACCCUAAAUGCAGAUCCAAGAUGAAUGUUGUAUUUACAUUGAAGAAAGAAGGUCUUGAUGAAUUAUUUUUAAAGGAAGCUGCUGCUCUAAAAUUGACAGGUCUUAAGGGUCAUCGUUCAGUUGGUGGGUUCAGAGCCUCGAUUUACAAUGCCGUCAGUGUACAAAGUGUUGAAAAACUAGCUAAAUUCGCUACUGAAUUUGCUAAAGAACACUCUAACUAG